AUGCACAAAACAUACUCAUUAAGAACGGGGAAGGCACCCACCGCCUCCCAACUGGAAAACCCACCACCACCAAGAACAAGCACUAAAUCAAGAUUCUUCGGUAAAGGAGGUCUAGCUUACAAUUUCAGAACCAAAGCAGCUGGUUCCUUUGGUGCUGAAUUAUCUCGUAAAAUUUCUCAAUUAGUGAAAAUUGACAAAAACAUAAUGAGAUCCAUGGAAGUGGCCUCCAUGGAAAGAAGAGAUGUAGCUACUUAUUUAUCACAAUGGGGGUUGGAGAAUGAUGAUGAUGUUUCCGAUUUGACUGAUAAGAUUGGUGUAUUGAUUUAUGAAAUUAGUGAAUUGGAUGAUCAAUUCAUUGAUAGAUAUGAUCAAUAUAGAUUGACUAUGAAAUCUAUUAGAGACAUUGAAACUUCAAUUCAACCUUCUAGAGAUCGUAAGGAUAAGAUUUUGGAUAAGAUUGCAUUUAUGAAGUAUAAAGAACCGGGGUCCCAAAAGAUUGAAGUGUUGGAACAAGAAUUAGUAAGAGCUGAAGCUGAACAAUUGGUGGCUGAGGCUCAAUUGUCUAAUAUUACUAGGUCAAAGAUGAGAGCUGCUUUUAAUUAUCAAUUUGAUGCUACUAUUGAACAUUCAGAGAAAAUCGCUUUGAUUGCGGGGUAUGCUAAAGCUCUUUUGGAAUUAUUGGAUGAUUCUCCUGUAACUCCAGGUGAGACUAGACCUGCUUAUGAUGGUUAUGAAGCUUCUAAACAAAUCAUCAUUGAUGCAGAAACUGCUUUGAAUGAUUGGACUUUGGAUUCAGCUCAUGUUAAACCUACUCUAAGUUUUAAACAACAACAACAAAAUCAACGAGAAUAUCAACAAGAACAAGAUCAACAUGAUGGGUAUUAUAACGAGGUAGAGGAAGAAGAAGAAGAAGUGGAUGAAGAUGAAGAUGAAAAUGAAGAUUAUCAAGAAUUACACGACAAUACAGAUAAUCUAGGAAAUGAAGUUAUACAAGAAGAAUAUAUUGUACACCAUCAGACAGUUCCCUUAGAUAGUAUGGGAAGUAACUUUUCAGAUCACUUGCAACAGAAUCCUCCUGCUAUUGAUCAAAGUAUCCCACAAGUCUGA